CCCCAAAUUCUGAAAUUGCCCCCCAAAAGCAGUGCGUCCUCUCUGGGAAAGAACCUACAUUAAGUCAUUAAAAUAGUCAGAUUAUUCGUCACAUCACGGAGGAAGUGAUUAAAGGAAGCGAUACCACAGAACGAGGCGCUGUGAUACAGAUAUUGCGAGUUUUUCCUCGUCGUGUCCUGAUGUAGGUUCAUUUUAUUUCAACGAAUGCAGGCGUCAAAUAUGAGGAUGGAAGAAAAGUGAAGCAUUUUCCAAUUCCACGUGAAGGUAUAAAGAAACACAUAAGGACACAUACUGGUGAUACACCUCAUAGAUAUAUAAUGUCGGUCUGAAGGUGUGCAGUCAGACUGAACAGUUACAGAGUCACAUGAGUAUACAUGCUCAUGAUUGACCUUGAAAUGUAAUCUCCUUGGAAAAACGUAUAACAAAGGUGAAAGAUAACGGAAACACGUGGCAAUGGAUGUAGGUGAAAACCCUUUUAUAUGUGACGAAAGUGGGAAGGAAUCUAAUGUUACAGAGAAACUAAAGAUGCAUAUGGUAACCUACACAGAUAACAGUCCUUACAAAUGUGACGUCUGCGGGAUGGCGUAUAGUCUAUCAGGAGAUUUACAGAGACACUUUAGGACACAUACAGGUGAAAAACCUUUCCAAUGUGACGUAUGUGGGAAGGCGCUUUAUGCUAGGUCUUCUUUACAGAGACACAUGAUAACACACACAGGUGACAGAUCGUUUCAAUGUGAUGUCUGUGGAAAGGCGUUUAGUCUCGCAGGAGGUUUACAUAGGCACAUGAGAACACAUACAGUUGAUAAACCUUUUCAAUGUGAUAUUUGUGGCAAGGACUUUCAGACUACAUGGUUUUUAAAGAGACACCUUAGGAUACAUACAGGUGACAAGCCCUUUCAAUGUGAUGUAUGUGGGAAGACGUUCAAAGCUAGGUGUUUUUUAGAGAGACACAUGACAACACAUACAGGUGACAAACCGUUUGAAUGUAAUGUCUGUGGGAACACUUAUAGUCAGUCAGGCUCUUUACAGGUACACAUGAGGACACAUACAGGCGAUAGACCUUAUAAAUGUGAUGUCUGUGGGAAAACAUUUCACGUCGCUAAAGGCUUAACGGUACAUAUGAGAACACACACAGGGGAUAAACCUUUUCAAUGUGAUAUAUGUGGAAAGGCUUAUAAUCAAUCAGGAAAUUUACAAAGACAUAUAAAAACACAUACAGGUGAUGCACUUUGUAAAUGUGAUGUCUGUGGAAAAUUAUUUAAUAAUUCAAGAAAUUUACAGAGGCACAAAAAGACACACACAGUUGAUAAGGCAUAUCAAUGUGAUGUCUGUGGGGAUACAUUUUCUGAAUCGGGGAACUUAGAGAGGCACAUGAGGACACAUACAGGUGAUUCAUCCUACCAAUGGGGUGUGUGAGAGAGGACAUUUAGUAUUUUAGGGAACUUGCAGAAACACAUGAAAACUUAACGUAGGUGAUAAACCUUAUAGUUGUGACAUGUUUGAGGUGGAUUUUAGAGAUGGAAGGAACUUGUAUAGUCAUAUAAUAAACAUUAAAACGGGUAUGAA